ACGGGGACGUCACAAGGACCCCAAAUAAUAAGAUGAACCGGAAAGUUUGAGUGUAACGUAAACAUUGGAAUUAACGCAGAAAAUAAUUGGUUUUAGACUUUUUCAGGUAUUUUUUCAUACUUACGAUUGUAUAUUUAAAAUUACUUUAAAUAACAAAUCAUAUCUUGUGCAUACCGGACCCUUACACUUGGCCCACCAGAGUGGACACAAUGAAUAACAUGUCACCUGAGGUUGCCCUGCACCGGAUCUCACCUGAGCUGCGACCCUUGCUGUGCAGCGUGGUGAGGAACGGCCGAGUGGGGCUCGACUCCACCAACUGUCUGCGGGUCACCGACCUCAAAACUGGGUGCACAUCUCUGACUGCUGGUCCUUGCUGUGAUCGCUUCAAACUUCACAUCCCCUAUGCUGGACAAACCCUCAAAUGGGACAUCAUCUUCAACGCGCGGUACCCAGCUCUGCCUCCUGACUUCAUUUUUGGAGAAGACACUGAGUUUCUGCCCGAGCCGUCUGAGCUUCCUCACUUGGUCCAGUGGGAUGCUGGGAACCCAGAGUGUUUACUCCAACUGGUGAAGGAGCUCAUCCAGCAGUACCACCUCUACCAGUGCCAGCGUCUGCGGGAGAGCUCCAGGCUGCUUUUCGAGUACGACAGCCUGCUGGAAGAUCCAAGCUACAGCCGCAACAUGGAAAUCUAUGCUGGGCUCAAGAACAGCUGGACUGGGGAGUUUUCAGCCCGUUUUCUCCUGAAACUGCCAGUGGACUUCAGCAACAUCCCCGUCUAUCUCCUUAAGGACACAGCGUUGGACCCAGGCGAGGAUGUGGCCCUUCUAUCUGUGAGCUUUGAAGAUGCUGAAGCCACCCAAGUCUUCCCAAAGCUGUACCUCUCCCCCAGCAUUGAGCAUGCUCUGGGAGGCUCUUCGGCACUUCAUAUUCCAGCUUUCCCCAGUGGAGGAUGCCUAAUUGAUUAUGUCCCUCAAGUGUGCCAGUUACUCACCAACAAGGUGCAGUAUGUGAUUCAAGGCUAUCACAAGAGGAGGGAGUACAUCGCUGCUUUCCUCAGCCACUUUGGAAUGGGCGUGGUGGAGUACGAUGCCGAGGGGUUCACUAAACUCACCCUUCUUCUCAUGUGGAAAGAUUUCUGCUUCCUGGUGCACGUGGAUCUGCCGCUGUACUUCCCCCGGGACCAGCCCACCCUCACCUUCCAGUCCGUCUACCACUUCACCAGCAGUGGUCAGCUGUACUCUCAGGUGCAGACGUCGUACCCGUACAGCCCGCGGUGGGACGGCAACGAGAUGGCCAAGAGGGCAAAGGUCUACUUCAAGAACUUCAUUCCACAGUUCCAGGAGGGUGCCUUUGCUAACGGGAAGCUGUAGUUCCCGGUGGCGGGGGACGCCUGGAGGCCGCCCUGUGGCGUGCGGGAGGGAGGGUUUGUGCACGGCCGACCGCCGCUUUAUCUGAGAGACUUAAAGCCAAACGUGCUGAUGUGUUUCCACAGUAAACUGCCUUCACUUUAGCAAAGAUAUUCACCAUCACAGACAUUAUGAUCUAUAUUUUUUUGUUCCUCACUGGAAUUGAAUGGCUUGUUACCUUUUUACAUCCUUUCUCUUCUUCAUCUCUCUGUGAAGUCUCGCAGACGUGUUACUGUACAAAUAGACGGGUUUAGUCACAGAAGCUUUCUGGCUAAACAUGUUUCCUGUGACUCUGUGCUCGUUUUAUCUGAACUCUUAAUGUGAAAAACUCAUCUGGAGAAAAUCCUCUAACUGUGUGAAGAGAAGCCCAGUGGGGGCGCUGACUAUUGUGGCUGUUCCACUUCAAUGACUGUAGUCGUUUUUGGGUAAAAAAGGAAAAUCACUGGUUUAAAACAGGAAACCAACAAAUCAAUAUUUAUACUUUUAUUUGAUUAAUUUAGCUAUAAAAUCAUAUUAGUUGUAAUUUAAAGGUGUGGUGCAGUUUAAAGAUUUCAUUUUUCUCCAUAGGUUUGUAACCUCCCAGUUAAAACACAUGGAAGGAGCAUGAAAUGCAUGUAGGAGCCGACCUCCAUGUCGAGGUUUCAUCACACAAGGAGAAUCACAGGAAACAUGUUCAGCAGAAUUAAGUUUAAAGUGACAUUUAUUUGCUUUAAAGGGUCAUUAAAGGAGGCUGCUAACAUCGUG